UCUUUUUCUGACUUCCCCUCUGUGGUGGGGCAGAUGAAUGUCAGAGAAAUAAAAAUCCAGAAUGCUAACAUUGAACUUUCACUUCUCCUUGCUCGUUAGUUCAGAACUGCUGUGAAAGAAGUCGUUUCUGUGGGGUGCCAAUCGCUCAGGGCAAGAAAAAGAACAGUGCUUUCAGGACUGUCCGAUUGGGAGCUUCAUGUUUUCAUUUGGCCACGGCUGUGCACAGGAAAUGCCAGCAUGAUGCUUCGGUUGCGCCUGGCUAGGACUCUGAUCUCAACUGUGGCAUUCCUCUCCUACCUGAGACCAGAAAGCUGGGAACCCUGUGUGGAGGUGGUUCCUAACAUUACUUACCAGUGCAUGGAGAAGAAUCUCUACAAAAUCCCUGACAACAUUCCCUGCUCAGUCAAGAACUUGGACCUGAGUUUUAACCCCUUGAAGCAUUUAGGAAGUCAUAGCUUUUCAAAUUUCUCACAACUACAGGUUCUGGAUUUAUCCAGGUGUGAAAUCCAUACAAUUGAAGAUGAUGCAUACAAAGGUCUAAAGAAUCUCUCCACCUUGAUAUUGACAGGAAACCCCAUCCAAAAUUUGGCCCCUGGAGCUUUUUCUGGAUUAUCAAGUUUGCAGAAGUUGGUGGCUGUGGAAACAAACAUAGCAUCUUUAGCUGACUUCCCUAUUGGACAUCUCAAAACCUUGAAAGAGCUCAAUGUGGCUCACAAUUUUAUCCAUUCCUUCAGUUUUCCUGAGUAUUUUUCUAACCUCUGUAAGCUUGAAUAUCUGGACCUUUCCAGUAACAAGAUUCAAAAUAUUUAUUAUAAAGACUUGCAUGUUCUACGUAGUCAAAUGUCCCUACUCACACUUUCUUUAGACUUGUCUUUGAACCCUAUAGAUUUUAUCCAACCUGGAACCUUUGAAGCAAUUAGAUUGCAUGAACUGAUUUUGAGGGGCAAUUUCAAAAGUACAAAUGUAAUGAAGACUUGUAUGGAAGGGCUAGCUGGUUUAGAAGUUCGCCGAUUAGUUUUGGGAGAAUUUAAAAAUGAAAGGGUUAUGGAAAAUUUUGAUAAAUCUGCCCUGGAGGGUCUUUGCAAUUUGGUCAUUGAAGAGUUUCAAUUAGCAUACAUAGAUGACCUCUGGGGUAAUGUUACUGACUUACUUGAUUGUUUGGAAAAUGUUUCUGUGAUGUCUUUGGUGAGUAUGAAUGUACAAACCCUAGAGAGUUUUCCUAAAGAUUUCAGCUGGAAAUCAUUAGAAAUUGUUAACUGUAUAUUUGGUGACAAAUUUUUCAAUUUGAAGUUAUCCUCUCUCACAAGGCUUACUUUCACUUCCAACCAUGAUGUGAGGGCUUUUCCAGAACUUGACGUACCGAAUCUUGAAUUUCUGGAUCUCAGUAAAAAUCAAUUGAGUUUUCAAAGCUGCUGUUCUGAGCGUAGAUUGGGAACAUCCAAACUCAAGCAUUUAGAUUUGAGCUUCAAUGAUGUUAUUACUAUGACAUCAAAUUUUUUAGGCUUAGAACAACUGAAACAUCUAGAUUUCCAACAUUCCACUUUGAGAAGCAUCAAUGAAUUUUCUAUAUUCUUCUCACUCAAAAGCCUCCUUUAUCUUGAUAUUUCCUAUACUGACAUCCGAAUUGCCUUCAGUGGAAUUUUUAAUGGAUUGGGCAAUCUUCAGGUUUUAAAAAUGGCUGGAAAUUAUUUUCAGGAUAAUGUACUUCAGGAUAAUAUGUUUACAGAACUGACUAAUUUGACCAUACUGGAUCUUUCUGCAUGUCAACUUGAACAAGUGUCUCUGGGAGCAUUUGACUCACUUCUCAGGCUUGAGUUACUAAAUAUGAGUCACAACAACUUGCUGGUAUUGGAUAUACUCACUUAUAAACAUCUCCACUCCCUCCAGGUUUUGGAUGUCAGUUUCAAUCUCAUAGAAAUUCUGCAAGAGUCAGAACAACAGUCUUUUCCAAGUGGUCUAACUUUCUUAAAUCUUACUAAGAACACUUUGGCUUGUGACUGUGAACAUCAAAGGUUCAUGCAGUGGAUCAAGGACCAGAGAUGGCUCUUGGUGGGAGUUGAAGAAAUGAUAUGUGCUACACCUCCAAAUAUGCUUGUGCUGAGUUUUAGGAAUGCCACCUGUCGGUUGAGCAAGACCAUCAUUGGUGUGUCGGCAUUCAGUGCCCUUGUGGUAUCUCUUGUUGUGGUUCUGAUUUAUAAGUUUUAUUUUCAUUUGAUGGUACUUGUUGGCUGCAAAAAGUAUGGUGGCUGUGAAAACAUCUAUGAUGCUUUUGUUAUCUACUCCAGCCAGGAUGAGGACUGGGUGAGGAAUGAGUUGGUGAAGAAUCUAGAAGAAGGAGUACCUCCAUUUCACCUCUGCCUCCACUACAGAGACUUUAUUCCUGGUGUGGCCAUUGCUGCCAAUAUUAUCCAGGAAGGUUUCCACAAAAGCCGAAAAGUUAUUGUUGUUGUGUCGCAGCAUUUUAUCCAGAGCAGCUGGUGUAUCUUUGAGUAUGAGAUUGCUCAAACCUGGCAGUUUUUGAGAAGCCGAGCAGGUAUCAUUUUCAUUGUUCUGCAGAAGGUGGAGAAGUCCCUACUCCGGCAGCAGGUAGAGCUGUAUCGACUUCUCAGCAGAAACACUUACCUGGAGUGGGAUGAUACAGCCCUGGGAAGGCACAUCUUCUGGAGACGACUCAGGAAUGCCUUGCUGGAUGGUAGACCACUGAAUCCAGAGGAGGUGGCAGGUGCAGAAAAUAGACAGGAAGAAGCAGCAACUUUUACCUGAGGAGGCAAAAAAAAAAGCCAAAAAACUCCUGAAGGGUUUCUUGCUCAGUUGAACCCAACACUUUUUGAGAUAACAAGUGUUACAUACCACAAAACUCCAGAUAUCAUGCUGAAGGCAAGUGAUUCAAUAGUGCAGGAGGCACACAAAACUACUAGUAUCAGGGACUUUACAAUUCAGAAGACAUAAAACAUGUACUAAAAUCUGAUACCCUUCAGGUGAUGUUUCCACCAACUCAGCCAUGGAAUCUACAACAAAGAAAGUCAAUUUAGUUCUUACUCCUUCAAGCUGAAUCAGGUAAAGAAUGGACCUCAUUAGGGGGUAAGGGGACAUUUGUCCCCUGAAUCUUUCAAAAGGCAACCAGAUUAUACAUUCCAUUCAAGCCAUUUUAAAAGCAUUUUGGUUGUUUCAAAUGAGCUGGAUAUUUGCUCACAUGUCCCUUUUCUUAUUGGAUAUACUUUGGAUUCUACUCGAUGACUCCAAAAGCUCUGGAUUCAGAAUUUGAGUAAAUUAAUUUCUUUACUUUG